GCGCUUUGUCUGUUGGAGCCGACGCGAAGGGAAAAAACACAGAGAGGAGAAAUCCGACCAUGGUGAAAUUCCUCAAGCAGAACAAGGCCGUCAUCGUCCUUCAAGGCCGUUACGCUGGCCGGAAAGCGGUCAUCAUUCGUGCCUUCGACGAUGGGACUCGGGAUCGUGCUUAUGGCCACUGCUUGGUCGCCGGAAUCAAGAAGUAUCCGGCGAAGGUAAUUCGCAAGGACUCUUCUAAGAAGACUGCUAAGAAGUCCAGAGUCAAGGCCUUCAUCAAGCUUGUUAAUUACAGACACCUAAUGCCCACCAGGUACACUCUCGAUGUGGAUCUUAAGGACGUGGUUACCAUCGAUAGCUUGCAGUCGAAGGACAAGAAGGUUACGGCCGCUAAGGAGACCAAGAAGAGAUUCGAGGAGAGGUUCAAGACCGGGAAGAACAGGUGGUUUUUCACCAAGCUCAGGUUCUGAAGAGGCUCGUUCAGUUAUGGAUUACUCUGGUAUUAGGCUACUGAGCAGCUUUAUUGUUAUUUUCCGUUUUGUUAUCGAGUUAUCAUACGUUUAAUUUUGAAAGGUAGUUUGUUUUGGUGUUUAAUUUUUCGAUGGACGUAUCCUAAUCUUUUGGAUGAGAAAUUUCUGUGAUUUUGAUAUUACAUUUGAGAUUUCACUUAUUUAUCUUCACAAAUAUUUCGACUUA